UCUUGUACUAUCAAACUGGUAUGCAGAUUCAUUUGGCGCAGGCCAACCUUGUUGAGAAAGCCUUACUACUUUUGUGUCAAAAUGUCGGUUUUUAGACCGUGUUUGCGAUCAUUCCUCUCCAAAAAGAAUGCCUUUGGGUCACUGAGUGCCUCAGCGUUUCAUAGAACAUCUGUGAACCAUGCAGAGAUUAUCGACGGUAAGAAGAUUUCCAAGGAGGUGCAGGCAGAGGUCGCGGAGGAGGUGAAAGCGUGGGUAGCAAAAGGCCAUCGACCCCCUCACCUGACUGCCGUCCUGGUAGGCGAAGACCCUGCCAGUGCUGUCUACGUCAGGAACAAGAUGAAAGCAGCCCAAGAAUGCGGCAUCACCUCCGAGACGAUCCGCGAGCCAGAUACCAUGACAGAAGCAGCACUCCUCUCCCUCGUUGACGACCUCAACAAGUCGGACGCUGUCGACGGAAUCCUCGUCCAGUUGCCUGUCCCCCCGCACAUGGACAAGAGGAAAAUCUGCGACGCUGUCUCGCCCAACAAAGACGUGGACGGCUUCAACAUGGUGAAUGUGGGUAGGCUGGUGCUGGACUUGCCCACGUUGCUGCCUGCCACGCCAUACGGAGUCUGGGAGCUCAUCAAGAGAUCAGGAGUUGAGACCGUGGGGAAGAAUGCUGUGGUGAUGGGCAGGUCCAAGAACGUUGGGCUUCCGUUGGCUCUGCUACUGGCUGCUGACCAGAGGAACACUCUCAAGAUGGGUCUGAACUGCAACGUGACCAUCUGCCACAGCAAGACCUCCCCCGAGAUGAUGCGCUACUACAUGACCAACGCCGACAUCAUCGUAGCGGCGGCAGGGCGCCCUCGGAUGAUCACGGCCGACAUGGUCAAGGAAGGCGCUGCCAUCUUUGACGUGGGCAUCAACCGGGUCCAGGACCCCAAGACGGGAAAGUAUCGCCUCGUCGGCGAUGUGGACUACGACGGAGUCUUCGACAAGGUUGGCCAUAUAACACCGGUACCCGGCGGCGUGGGACCAAUGACGGUAGCCAUGUUGAUGAAGAAUACCCUCCAAGUAGCCAAGGGCGAGAUUUAGGUUGCACACUAGAGGGCGCUGUACACUGUGUGUAUCAAGUCAUGCGUAGAGUUUUUAAAAGGCUUAUUUGCAUGUGCGAUUUUGAUUUGUAACAUUUGCUUUUUUUCCUGUUCACAGGAAAAUGUUAUCACCAGAGAAUUAUCUUCUUGAGCAAGUUGAACAAAGAAAUUGAGCGGAACCGGGUUUGAACCUGCGACCUCCAGAUUGCUGUUCCAGUGCUCUACCAACUGAGCUAUCCAGCCCUAUGUUGGCAAUUCCAGAUUUUGUCGAUGACCUUGGCUUCUGACUAGCCCCCGUUGAAAAAAGAUAUUGGCAAAAUGGGGAACUGCCAACAUAGGGCUGGAUAGCUCAGUUGGUAGAGCACCGGAACGGCAAUCCGGAGGUCGCAGGCUCAAAUCCCGCUCCAGUCAAUUUUUUUGUUCAGCUCAAAAAAUUAUUAUAAUGCCCGUAAUCAGUAAGCUUUCCUGUGUGGUUUAUUUGAAAAACCAGAGAAUUAUGACAAAGAAGAGAUUAAAAUUGAAACCUUUG